AUGGCAGCUCAACUUGAGUGUACAGCUCAACUUGAGUGUACAGCUCAACUUGAGAGGAAAUCUCAACCUGAGAGGACACAUCAACCUGAGAGGACAGCUGAACUUGAGAGGACAGCACAACUUACGAGGACAGCAAAGCUUGUGAGGACAGCAAAGCUUGUGAGGACAGCAAAGCUUGUGAGGACAGCACGGCUUGCGAGGACAGCAAGGUUUGCGUGGACAGCACGGCUUCCGAGGACAGCACGGCAUGCAAGGACAGCACGGCUUGCAAGGACAGCACGGCUUGCGAGGACAGCACGGCUUGCGAGGACAGCACGGCUAGGGAGGACAGCACGGCUCGCGAGGACAGCACGGUAUGCGAGGACAGCACGGCUUGCGAGGACAGUACGGCUUGCGAGGACAGCACGGCUUGCAAGGACAGCACAGCUUGCGAAGACAGCACAGCUUGCGAGGACAGGACAGCUUGCGAGGACAGCUCAACUUGAGAGGACAGCUCAACUUGAGAGGACAGCUCAACUUGAGAGGACAGCUCAACUUGAGAGGACAGCUCAACUUGAGAGGACAACUGAACUUGAGAGGACAGCUCAUCUAGAGAGGACAGCUCAUCUAGAGAAGACAACUCAACUUGAGAGGACAGCUCAACUUGAGAGGACAGCUCAACUAGAGAUGACAGCUCAACUAGAGAGGACAGCUCAACAUGAUAGGACAGCUCAACAUGAUAGGACAGCUCAACUUGAGAGGACAGCUCAACUUGAGAGGACAGCUCAACUUGAGAGGACAGCUCAACUUGAGAGGACAGCACAACCUGAGAGGACAGCACAACUUGAGAGGACAGCUCAACUUGAGAGGGCAGCUCAACUUGAGAGGACAGCUCAACUUGAGAGGACAGCCCAACUUGAGAGGAAAGCACUACUUGAGAGGAAAGCACAACAUGCGAGGACAGCAAAGCUUGCGAAGACAGCACGGCUGGCGAGGACAGCACGGCUUGCGAGGACAGCAAGGCUUGCGAUGACAGCUAAGCUUGCGAGGACAGUACAGCUUGCGAGGACAGCGCAGCUUGCGAGGACAGCACAGCUUGCGAGGACAGCACAGCUUGCGAGGAUAGCACAGCUUGCGAGGACAGCACGGCUUGCGAGGACAGCACAGCUUGCGAGGACAGCACAGCUGGCGAGGACAGCAUAG